UCAUCCCUGGACCAUUUGCAACCUGAGAUGGUGGAGGCGAUCGAGGCACUGCGAGUGAGCCCUUCUGAAGGCAACAUCAUUCGAGAUGAGGAUAUUGCUGGUGAGCUCUUUCGAUCACCUGCAGAUGAUGAGUGUACCAUUGGCAGGUUUGAAGUUCGCAAAACAAACAAUCACCGAAGUACUGAUAAUGCCACAGAAGUUCCCGCAGCUUUUCACUUCCCCUUUGACAAGACCACCAAGAGGCAUACUUCUCUUUGGACCACCCG